AUGAGCCCAAUGCCCUCCAAGCUUGCAAGAGCGUUGCCCGAGUGUUGGGGCCACCGUGGGGCAUCGGCGGCUUUCCCAGAAAACACCCUAGCUAGUUUCGAGGCCGCCAUCCGUGAUGGCGCAGAGGGUAUCGAGAGCGACGUCCAUGUUUCCCGUGACGAUGUGGUGGUCAUGUUCCAUGACCCGACUCUCCAGCGGACGACGAAUGGCACAGGCAUCAUCCGGGAGCUGGACUGGUACGGGCCUGAAGGGAUGGAGCACUUGAGGACGAUCAAGGAGCCAAAACAACCCAUACCGACGUUUGCUGAGACCGUCGAGCUUCUUAUGAAGCCGGAGAAUCGUCAUGUCAAAUUUAACGUCGAUGUGAAGGUGCAGAAUGAUCCGGAGCGCUUGUUCGGACUCAUGCACAAGAUCAUGUCUGCGCAACCGGAUUGGGAGAACGCCCUCGCGCCAAGAAUCCUGAUCGGGCUCUGGCAUCCCCGCUUCAUUCCGCACGCGUCCAAGAUCCUCCCUUAUUGCCGGAGAUCGUACAUUGGCAUUGACCUCCAGGUUGCGCGCAAGUACUUCUGGGCGGACUGUCAUGCAUUCUCGAUCCUAUUUGACCACUUGACCAACUCUGACGGUCAAAAGUUCAUCCAAGAGUGCAAGGAGGCCGGAAAGCAGCUUUGCGUAUGGACCGUGAACGAACCGGAUUACAUGAUAGAGGCGGUGCGUUGGGAAGUGGACGCUAUCCUCACGGAUGUCACGAAGACAUGGCUGGAUCUGCGUACCAAGCUCGCAGCAGAUUACGAGAACGGGAUCAACCAACACAGCCGCCUCUUCCUCUGGACCUCGUAUCGCUUCUUCACUCCCUUCAUGACUGCUCGCCUGUUGUUGGGCAGGACCUCGCUGCAGAAGAUGGCAGGGCCGUAUGAAUCCGUGGCGUCGGUUACGCCAGUGACUGCUUGACGGAUAGAUUGCAUGAUCUUGUCCCAGGGUUGGUGAUUAUAGAUGUCCAUCCAGGCUGUCUUGUGGCGAUCGUCCCCGUGAUGAUGCCCUUACUAUCUCACAUUGUUCCUCGUUCCCAGUUCAUACAUAGAUGGGUAUGGAAAUUGCAGACCAGUUUCCAAGAAAACCGAUUCAACUAUUCGCAUAAUCUCGUACUAAUACAUGAUUUUCG